AUGAGUGCUAUAAAUUGUAGCUCACUAAACAGUACUUUUUUUGUCCCAACCCAAAAAAAUCCUAGUAGAAGAAUUCGAGAAAAUUUACCUAUUGGUUAUAUUAAUUCUGGACUUCAACAAAACGAUGAUUAUGAUGAUUCUAAUAUUAUUGAAAUCAAAAAAGAAGAUAAGGACAGUAGAAAUUCAUUGACUGUUGCAUUUCCAAGCUUAAUUGUUAACAAAAUACAUGAUAUAAAUCAACUUGAAGCAAAUUGUUUUUCUAAUACAAUGAAAGUAGCCAAAAAUGUAGUUAAAUCUGAAUGCCGUUUAGAACACUAUAAAUGUUUACUUCAAAAAUUAGAAAAUGACGUUAUUGUGUUUGAAGAGAAAUGUAUGGAUCAUGGAUUGAAAAUAAAUUUAGUUAAACUAGAAUUAAAGAGUUAUGAAGAAACAAAGAAAAAUUUUAUUGACAAACAUGGGAAUAUGCUAAGAAUGGGAAAACCAAAUAUAAUACAACUCAAAUAUGAUUUGGAACGUAUUAUUAAAUUUCGUAAUAACAUCAUAAAACUAAUUGAAAAUUUAUAA